UAUCACAUGAUUUGCUUGUUUAUGUAUUAUUUGAUUUUCUGAUAAUUUGAGUAGAAGAUCAAGCUCUAAUUGCUUUUUGGGUUUUGCUAAGAUGAUAUAGAUUUCGGGUUUUUAGUUUAAAAAAAAAAGUGUGUUGCUUGUGGUGGGUGGUUGAUGACUCGAUGAGUUUAGAGGGAGGGUUUUGGUGAAUGUGUGCCGUAUAAGCAAACCCUUUAGAGUCUAUACGCUUUCUGUUCCUUGUUUUUGAUGGUUUGAGGGAAUCGGUUGUGUCCUUCUCGUUCUAUUGCCUUGUUGUCUCUCCUUGCUGCUUGAAAUCAUUUAUGGGUAUUGGAAAUUUUGGUUAGUAAUGGUAGAUUGGAAUGUGCUUUUAUUUUCAGGCAGUUUCAUCCAUUCUGUUGGGGACCAUGAAUUCUAGGUGCUUCGUUGUUUGUUGGUUUGGAGGUCAGAAAAUCUGUGCUACACGUUAUUGUUGGGUAAUUAGUAUGUGUUCAGCUUUCUCUAUGCAAUCCCAUGAGGGAGUUCAAGUGGAAAUGUGGACACCUGUGGUAGAUACAUAGUGCUGGCGUUUCUGUAGAUAUGAAAUUGCUUUUGUGGGAUUCCUCUGCAUUCUGAUCUUAGUUGCAAAGGUUGUUUUCACUGAAAUUCCAUCACAUUGAUAGGAUUAGGAAAUUCCUAUUACUGCUUUUGUUAGACUGUUUAGAACAGAUGAUCUUCCGUUAGGAAAACUGAGCAGGAAAUGGUGAAAUCUGCAAAGUUUAAUAGACUUAUUUGGAAUGAAAAGGACAGCUAAAUUAUUCAGAUCAACAGGGUAAAAAAGAAUAUUUAAGACUACAAAUUUGAGCCAUGGGCUUGCCUCAAGUUUCCUCUGCUGAUGAUACUGAUGAAGAUCGUGCAGUAUUAUUGGGCUCGUUUUUGCAAAGUCCAUCACAAUUUUCUGGCGUGAGCACCUGUAAUUCGGAUGGAUUGCAUGGAGAAACUAUUAGCCAAACGGUAGGGGAAGCUCUGAGUUCUUCACUGGGAGAUUUUCAGAGGAAAGCUGCCCUGGAGUGUUCAAACUUUCCAGAGGAUUCUAUGAGAUUUGGAGGGGCAACUGAUUCUACUUUAAAUGUCAAUGGAACAAUAACUUCUUCAGCUGAUAAAAUUGGCAAAAUAACUCCUAAAAGUGGAAGGAGUAUCCAAGAUCCUGCUUCUAGGAUAAUUGGUUUUGAAUCACGGGGUGCAAGUUCUUUAAAUAAUGGGAUUGAGGGACUUUCUGCUGAUCAUCUUAAUUCUUCUUCUGUGGCUGGUCUUACAGUGAAUGAAGUUGAUCUGGGUGGGCCACUUGUCAGGAAAAGGUUAUUGUCGCCUCUAAGCAGCAUGCUUUCUGCAGAACACUUUCAUGGGGAUAACCUGAAUAUUGGCUGCUGUGCUUCUCAGAUGAGUUCCUCUGCUCUGAUUAUUAAUUUAAAUGUUUCUGCAUCACAUGACCAUAAGAAAGCAAACGUUGGUAGCAAAAUCAGUUUCACCUCCUCAUCCAGUUGCUUGGAGAAGAGAAAUAUGCUAUAUGACAAUAAUACAACAGCAUCUAUUUUUCUCACUGAUGGCCCUCUACUGGAAAACAAGGACCCACUUUCUAACAGUAGCCUUUUAUACUCUCCUAUACUUGAUCGUUUCAGAGUAUCAAGUGAAGGACGGUCCCAGAAUGGGACAAUAUCCUUAUCCCCUAAAAAGGCCAUUUCACCUCAUGUAUCAUUGUCUCCUCUGAGUCCGAAGUUUUCUGAAAGAGUAAAAACUCCAGGAGGAAGCAAGGAUGUCAAGAACUGCAUAGAGGAUUGCUGUUCAAAUUUGAAGAAUAUAGAACAGUCACUUGCUCCAGAAGAAGCAGAUUUUAGAAUCACAAGCAAAUCAUUUGAAGAUAUUGAUCUCUUUCACAAAGACUUCCGUUCUUCUUCCCUUGAAAGUGCUACUGACAGCUGGUGCGUGUUUCAGGAAUCAGCUCCUUCCCAGUGUGCAAGGUUUGUCAGAAGUUUGAGUGGCCUUCCUGUCCGCAGGUCCUUGGUCGGUUCAUUUGAGGAAUCACUACUGUCUGGACGAUUCUGUUGUGGAAAAUUCACUCAGAGAAUAGAUGGUUUCCUAGCUGUGUUAAGCAUCACAGGAGGGAAUUUUUCACCGCACUCGCAGAAGCUUCCUUUUUCAGUGACCAGUGUUGAUGGAGAUUGUUCUUUGCUAUAUUAUGCAUCCGUAGAUCUUGCAGGAAAUUCAUCAAACAAGCAUAGAGGCCAAAAACUGAAAAGAGGCCUCAGUAAUGAUGAUUCACAAACUGUUGGGAGCCGCUUUCGUAUUCCCAUGAAAGGGCGUGUACAACUGGUCCUUAGCAAUCCAGAAAAGACCCCUCUCCACACCUUUCUUUGCAAUUAUGAUUUGGGUGACAUGCCGCCUGGUACCAAGACAUUCUUGCGUCAGAAGGUAACUUUAGCCUCUUCUGGAACAACUUCAUCAGAGUUGAAACAUGGGCAUAUAGGUCUAGACACAAAAAUGAAAGACAAGGUGACUGCAGUGUCACAGAAAAACCAUCCUGUAAAUAGAGCUUCUUCUAUCAGCCAAAAUGAAGUCAAGGGGAUUGAAUGCCAUGAUAUAAUAGAUUCAAUAGAUGCACAGAAUUUAUCAAAGCAAUCCCAAAGUGUGGGAAAGACAGGUAUUGAUUCUUUUAUACUUGGCAACGACUGCAGUAAUAGUAAAUGCCAGGGGAAUAGUGGGAAGGAGUGCACUGGGAUGGAAAUCAACGGAAGAUCAGCUCAUGGUUGUUCAAAGAUUAAUGAUAAUGCCCAAGGUGGUGGUGGUGCUCUUCGUUAUGCUCUCCAUCUACGUUUUCUCUGCCCUUCACCUAAAAAGUGUUCUAGGUCAGUUCAGAGGUGUAAAUCUGAUCCUACAUCCCUACCACAAAAGCCACAUUUAGAUAUGGAAGGUGAGCGCAGGUUCUAUUUAUAUAAUGACAUGCGAGUUGUGUUCCCUCAACGACAUUCAGAUGCUGAUGAGGGCAAGUUGAAUGUGGAAUAUCAUUUCCCAGAGAAUCCAAGAUAUUUUGAUAUCAGCAACUGAAACCUCAGUAGAUUGCUGACAUUGUACAUAAUCACAUUAUGUUUUAGUCGUCUCAUCUGAAAAUGGCUCUAACCCCUCAACUUGUAAAUGCUUCCAUUUCAAUAAUAUUCUGACGGGUAGAAGUUUUA